CCUCCCAACCACCAGACCAGACCGCCAUUGUUUUUUCUUCUUUUCCUCUCACAUAAAACACCAAAAAAAAAAAAAAAACUAUAUAUAUAUAUCUAUACAUACAUACAUAUAUAUAUAUAUAUACACUCUUUUCCAUUUUAUCUGUGAUGGACUGAGGAUAAGGCGUUAGCUAAGAGGAAAGAGGAAAUGUUGGUGAUGGAGUGUUUUGGGGCCGGAGCUCGGAGCUUUGGGUCGGUGACGCUGUCGUUUUGUCCAGGUUGGGGGUGGGGAAGAGGAGGCGUGGUGAGGAAACGGCGAGCUCGGUUUUACCGGCUGGAUUUCAGCCGGCGUUCUCCGCUGCAUGUGACGGCGGCAAAUGCCGGGGGCGAGAGUUGCGUGGCUGUCAAGGAAGGUUUCGCCGACGAGGAGGAUUACAUCAAAGGCGGUGGCUCUGAGCUGGUUUUCGUACAAAUGCAACAGAACAAGGCUAUGGAGAAGCAGUCUAGGCUUUCUGACAAGCUGCCGCCAAUUUCAGUUGGAGAUCAAAUACUGGAUUUGGUGGUGAUAGGAUGCGGUCCGGCGGGUCUUGCUCUGGCUGCAGAGUCUGCUAAGUUAGGAUUGAAUGUUGGACUUAUUGGACCUGAUCUUCCUUUUACGAACAAUUAUGGUGUUUGGGAGGAUGAAUUCAAAGAUCUCGGGCUAUCUGGGUGCAUUGAGCAUGUUUGGCAGGACACCAUUGUAUAUCUCGACAACGAUGAUCCAAUCCUGAUUGGCCGUGCUUAUGGACGAGUUAGCCGGCAUAUGCUUCAUGAGGAGCUCUUGAGAAGGUGUGUCGAGUCAGGUGUUUCGUAUCUUAAUUUGAGAGUGGAAAGCAUUGACGAAGGUGCCAAAGGUCAUAGUCUUGUAGUCUGUGAACAAGAUAUUGUUGUUCCCUGCAGGCUUGCUACUGUUGCAUCAGGAGCUGCUUCAGGGAAACUACUGCAGUAUGAGGUGGGUGGUCCAAAGGUGUCAGUCCAAACAGCUUAUGGUGUGGAGGUUGAGGUGGAAAAUAAUCCAUAUGACCCCGGCCUUAUGGUUUUCAUGGAUUAUAGGGACUACAUGAAGGAAAAAGUUCCAUGCCUAGAAGCAGAGUACCCAACAUUUCUUUACGCCAUGCCCAUGUCUCCAACAAGAGUCUUCUUUGAGGAAACUUGUUUGGCUUCCAAAGAUGCCAUGCCUUUUGAUUUAUUAAAGAAAAAGCUCUUGUCAAGGUUGAAAACAAUGGGGAUCCAAAUUGUAAAAGCUUAUGAAGAGGAAUGGUCUUAUAUUCCAGUAGGUGGAUCCUUACCCAAUACAGAGCAAAAAAACCUUGCAUUUGGUGCGGCUGCCAGCAUGGUACACCCCGCCACGGGCUAUUCAGUUGUGAGAUCUUUGUCAGAAGCUCCAAAAUAUGCUUCUGUUAUAGCAAAUAUUUUGAAGCAGGGCCACUCUGAGGGCAUUCUUAGCCAGCAAAGAGACAAUGGGAAUAUCUCCAUGCAAGCUUGGAAUACUCUUUGGCCACAAGAAAGGAAACGCCAGAGGGCCUUCUUCCUUUUUGGAUUAGCACUCAUUUUGCAACUGGAUAUUGAGGGCAUCAGGACAUUCUUCCACACUUUCUUCAGAUUACCUAAUUGGAUGUGGCAAGGCUUUCUCGGCUCAAGUCUCUCCUCCGCCGAUCUCGUAGUGUUUGCAUUUUGUAUGUUUGUUAUAGCACCCAAUACUUUGAGAAUGAGCCUCAUCAGUCAUCUUCUUUCUGACCCCACAGGAGCAACCAUGAUAAGAACUUAUCUCACCAUAUAACCUGUUCACAUUUUAGACUACAGUAGUAGCCCGCUCGUCAUUUUGGAUAGUUACUAGGUAUUUGUGUAGAUAUUAUAUACAUACACGUCCUACAUUUUGUUGUCUUAACGAUAAUUUUACUAUUUACUUUUGUUUUUC